CCGCGGCGGCUCCACAUGUUCCCCGGGAUCAUCAGGACGCAGGAACCGGAUCGGGACCGGAUCCGUGAGUGAGCUGCAGCCGGACUCUGCCUCCCUGAGAUGGGCUCUGCCUGCGGAGCUCAGCGGCCUCUGCUGUAGUUGAGUGCGGACUGCGCUGCAGGCCCGAGCCCCCCCUCCCUCUAGCACCACCACCACCACCACCACCACCCCCCCACCCUGAAGGGUCCCUGAAGUAAUGUUAGCCGUGGGUCAGAUGGACGGGUCCCGACAGAGCGCCUUCCUCCUCAGCACCCCUCCUCUGGCGGCUCUGCACAGCAUGACCGAGAUGAAGACCCCUCUCUACCCGGCCUACCCGCUCUCCUCCACGGGGCCCAACUCCUCUACCUCACCGGCCACCACCUCCCCGAACCCGGGCGGGAUGGCCGUGUCCUCCCCCGGGAUCAAGAGCUCGUCCACGGGGCUGUCCUCGGGGCUCAGCUCCCCGCAGCAGUGCUCCUCCGCCACCCCUCACGGGAUUAACGACAUCCUGAACCGGCCCACCGCCGCCGGAGUCGCCGUGGCCUCCUCCUCCUCCUCCUCCUCCUCCUCUUCCUCCUCCGCGGGGAUCCUGUCGGGACUCCCCCGCUUCAGCAGCCUCAGCCCGCCGCCCCCUCCCGGACUUUACUUCAGCCCGAGCGCUGCGGCGGCGGCGGCGGUGGCGGUGGCCCGGUACCCGAAGCCCCUGGCCGAGCUGCCCGGGAGGACGCCCAUCUUCUGGCCGGGGGUGAUGCAGACCCCGCACUGGAGGGACGCCAGGUUCGCGUGUUCCCCCCAUCAGAACUCAGUUCUACUGGACAAGGACGGGAAGAGGAAACACACGCGGCCCACGUUCUCAGGGCAGCAGAUCUUUGCGCUGGAAAAGACUUUUGAACAAACUAAAUAUCUGGCGGGGCCCGAGAGAGCGCGGCUGGCCUACUCCCUGGGCAUGACGGAGAGCCAGGUCAAGGUCUGGUUCCAGAACAGACGCACCAAGUGGAGGAAGAAGCACGCGGCGGAGAUGGCCUCGGCCAAGAAGAAGCAGGACUCGGAGACGGAGCGGCUCAAGGGGACGUCGGACAACGAGGAGGAGGACGACGACUACAACAAACCGCUGGACCCGAACUCUGACGACGAGAAGAUCACACAACUCCUGAAGAAACACAAGCCGGGCUCCGCGCUGCUGCUGCAGCCGCACACGUCCGAAACCGACAGCUCCUAAUGAGUCUGGACCGGGACUGAUCCGGGUCCCUGGACCGGCAGGAGGACGCUGGACUGAGG